CGACUAGUAUGAAGAUAAAAAAGGUCGCAGCGCUUUUUUAUUCCUGAAAUUAGUGAUCAGAAAUGGCGGACAGGGAGGAACUAGUUUAUAUGGCCAAACUGGCUGAACAAGCUGAAAGGUACGAUGAAAUGGUGAGCAAUAUGAAAAGUGUUGCGAACCAAGGUACAGAGCUGUCGGUAGAAGAACGUAACCUUUUGUCUGUUGCUUAUAAAAAUGUUAUAGGAGCUCGGCGGGCCUCUUGGCGAAUCAUAAGUAGCUUGGAGCAAAAGGAAGAUUCGAAAGGCAACGAACAACGUCUCCGUUUGAUUUGCAGUUACCGGGAAAAUAUUGAAGUUGAACUGAAACGAAUCUGCAAGGAUGUUCUCGAUGUUCUCGACAAUCAAUUGCUGCCAAUAGCCAGUUCUGGAGAGUCGAAUGUAUUUUACUUUAAAAUGAAAGGCGAUUAUCAUCGUUAUCUGGCGGAAUUCGCAGUUGGUGAUGAUAGAAAAGAAACUGCCGAAGAAAGUCUCAAAGCUUACAAACGUGCAAGCGAAAUUGCCUCAAGCGAGCUCACCUCUACGCAUCCGAUCCGACUUGGUUUGGCGCUCAAUUUCUCUGUGUUCUACUAUGAAACUCUUAGUAACCCCGUGAGAGCCUGCGCCUUGGCUAAAAGCGCCUUCGAUGAAGCUAUCGCUGAGCUGGACACACUCAGCGAAGAAAGCUACAAAGAUUCCACGCUCAUCAUGCAGCUCCUUCGGGAUAAUCUCACCUUGUGGACAUCGGACAUGCAGACCGAGGAAUGUGACCAGAAGGCUGACCCGAAAGGGGAACAGCCACAGGAUGGAGGUGAUCCUGCGCCAGAAGCUUAAGGAAAAAAAAAAAAAAAAAAGAAAUUUGUCAUAAAGUUUCUUUCGUUGUUAAGAAAAAAAAAAAGAAAGAAAAAAACGAAACAGCUUUAUAAGAACAGCAACAGCCAAGGUCCCCCUUACUACUACUACUACGAUAACUACUACUAGUAGUCUACUUUGAACUAAUUAUAUACAUACACACACAGACACUCACAUAUAUAUAUACACACAUUAAGUAGUAGUCUAGCUGUUUCUUCUCUUUCCUCAUUACAUCUCUUUAACAUCUUUCUUUCUCUACUAUGUCUGUCUGUCUCUGUCUCUCUCUGUCCCUUGCUGCUGCUGGGGCCGUACCUUCUAUACCCCACUUAACACCGUAAUAGUCGGCUGUUGCAGCAGUAAACCGAGCAGAAACAGUAACAAAACAACAACAACAACACAAAAUAUCAGAGAAAAGAAGACAAAAAAAAAAAUUUUAAAAAGUCGAAGGAAAAAAAAACAAAAAAAAAGAUAAUUCAAUUUCCAGAAAGAAGAAGAAAACGCAAGGAUCGAUGUAGUCUCGUCUUUGAAACAUAAUUUCAUCAUUUAUCUUUCUCUUCUCUGUCAUAUAUCUAUAUAUAUAUGUCUAUAUAUAUAUAUAUAUAUAUAUAUAUAAAUCUUUUUUGCUGUAUUGUUUCUGUAUUGAAUAUAUAUAUACAUAUAUAUAUAUACAUCUAUAUAUAUAUAUACAUAUAUAUAUAUAUAUAAUAUUAUCGGUAUAAAAGUGACCAAACUACCUAGUUGUGUCUGCCGUUCAUCAUUUCUCCUUCUUUUCAUUUCCAACAUAACCACAUAUACACACACACAGACACACACACACACAUUCACAGUAAUGUCCUCCUCUCAUAUUUGCUACCAUCCAUUUCAUUUGAUUUUUAUUGAAUGUCAAAUUAAGUCGUGAUUACUAUGAUAUUACUAGCAAUAAUAAUUAAUAGGUGUCUUAAUAGCCACAAGGACGACGACUGAGGGACAUUUUUACAAGGCAGGACAAAGAUUGCUGGUAGACACUAAGUCUUGACUUAGACUAAAAGUGAUUAAAUAGAAUUUUUCGAACAAUACUUGUUUAACGAUUUGUUAAAUAUUUUUAAGACAACGGUAAGGAUCAAUAAUUUAGUUUAUUAUAACAAUUGUUCAAGAAAAAUUAAUUUAAAUAAUUGAAUAUUUUUUAGUGCUUAGAAUUUAUUACUUGCAUAAAAUGGUAUUUUCAAACCGUA